AUGGAGCAAAUCAAUUUAUAAAAUGUAGUUUAUACCUUAGAAUGCAAGCUGCAUUAACCCUAAAAAUAGCCAAAAUUAUAGUUUGAUAAAUUAUCAAUGGCUUUGGUAAUAGUACUACAAAAGAAUCAAAAAAUAUAUUGUAAAGUAGGAUAAAGGAAGCAAAAUGGAAUUGGGAAUCAAGUGGAAGAGAAAAGUAGGGUUAUUGUUCAAAGUAUCUUGAAUAAUAACCAAUACGAAUAAGGAAUGGAGCAAGAAGAUCCAAAAAAUAUUAUAGAUAUCUAAAGAAGACAUCAGGACGCUUUUAUAGACAAAAUGAUGUUUGGAACUUGA